UAUCGGAUGUUAUUGUUGCUUUAUUGGAUGUAAUUGUCGCAGCGAGUAGAGGAGGAGGAGGAGGUGCUGGACUUGACUUGAGAGUUGAAAGAGGGGUGCUUCGAGUUGCGGCUUUUGUUGGCACUAACAAUAUAUUUACAGGUAAUGAAGGUUUAGGUGAUGAUUUAUUUGAUAAAUUAGUCGCUGGUUUGGAAGAUAGACUAGGUUUUGGGCCAGGAGGAGUUGG